AUGGCCACCGCUGCGACGGAGAGAAUAGGUGGGCACGCGAUGCGGAAUCACCAGUCUGGCUUCGAUGGACAUGGGUCGAGGCAAGGAAGCCGGGUCACGUCGCCCAGCAGCAGGAAUGCAACCUCUCAAGAGCGGAACAAUGGCGAACUGCCGCGUGCAGCAUCCUACACCUACAUCCCGCACGCCAAAGAGCAGCGAUAUGGACACCCGGCGGUCGUCGAUAUCAAGGCAUUCUCCGAGUCAGAUUACGUCGCCCAAGACGAUGCCGAUGACAUCUCGCCGCCGGACACUUCCCCACCGGAUUCUUCGGGUUGGAACACACCUGACGAACACGCGCCCGCCAUCGCCCCUCCACAGGCCCGAGAGAUCAUUGCACAUUUGCAAAAGUCGCCCACCGCGAGGCGUCACGACGCCGCCAGUGAAAGUACACGAAGCAGCGUCGAGUCUUCGAAUAGAUACUCGGGCACCAGCGUGGCUUCGACGCAGACAGCGUCCACCGUCGCCAGCACUCCAGCCUCGAGUCAGCAUCGCCCUUCCAUAAACAAGUCUUUCUCGAAACGCUUCUCGCGGCAGUCAUGGUACCAGUCUGCACCUUCCACGCCUUCGCGCUCACCGUCUCCGACGAAAGAGGAACAGCCAACCAGAUCAGGAUCCUUGGGGACAGAUGUUGGCGCUGUGCCGGAGGUUGCAGCAGAUGGGCGUAGGAAGUCAUUGAUCGCGCGGACAUUGACGAACAAGGCGACGAAAGAGAAGAAAGAGACUGCACAAUCGAGCGACGAUCAAGAGCCGAGCAGACCCACUCGAAAGGGCACAUUCUUGCGGAAGAAGAGUGCGCAACGCAAUUCUUCACUGUCGCAAGUCGCUUCCAACGAAGUUCCUGCGCAUGCCACCCCUGGCGAGGAUGCUGUACCUGCAUUGCCUACUUUACCGAAAUCCUUCUCAACAGAUCGGCUUCCUAUGCUACGAUCCCAGUCUGCCAUGUCAGACCGCGCCGCUCCAGUGCCAAGGUUACUGUCUUCUGAAAAGCUGCACGGUCCCAGCCCGCUAUCAACGGCAACGAAGAAGAAGGAUCCGCUUUGGAGCGAGUUUCGCUCGCUGGAUGCGGACUAUGCCAAGUUCUCAUCAAAAUCCACUGCGCUCAAGGCCAAUGUGGUGCGGAACGCAUUGAUACCCUUUUUGAGGACUUACGCUGGCCAUGUUUCUAACAAAAACCUGCGACCGGAGGAUCUGGAUCGCAGGACCAAUAUUUUGAACAAGUGGUGGACAGGCCUGAUCGAGUUGUUACAUGGCCGCAACAACCAAUCCAUCUCAGGGACGGACAGGCCCGCUAUUCUCGAUGGCAUAUCUGGUAUCAUGGAGAGAUCAGAGUGGAGGCUGUCACCGUCUCCUUUCUGCCCACUCGCGGAACGAAUCAGGGUGACGCUCUCGAACGGCAAUCGGUCAAACACCUCCCUGGGAUCCAGCUCGUCCGACUUUCUGACUGAUUCUGUUCAUCACAACGUUCGCAAUAUCUUCAUCCAGAACUUGAGCGCGCAGAUGGCCUUCGUGGUGGAUAAGAUGUCUCUGCGCAACGCUUCGGCAAGCUUGGUGACGUUUUGUGGCAAGGCCUGUGCGUACGCUUUCAUGUUUGUCCCUGGGAUGGCCGAUGUUAUGGUUCGCCUGUGGGAUCUGCCUAUUGACACUCUACGACGGGUCCUUCAUGAGAAUGGCGUUGGCAAGUUUGAGCAGAUGUCUGAAUAUUCCGAGGACAUCGUUGCAAAGUUUCCGCCGGCGGUGCAACAACUUGGCUUUGUGUCUUUGAUGAAGCAUAUGAAGAAGCUUCGCACUCCACCGCCUUUACCUUUGGGGACACACCAUAUCGAAUGGUGGGGCCAUUGGGGAGAGCGCUGGAGUGGGAGAGAAAGUGACUUGUUCUACGUCUUUGUGAAGCAUUUCCACAUACUGGCCAUCGAUUUCCUACCCUCGGACUCGACCAAGAAGAAAAGGAUGUGUGCACCGGGCAUGCUUCUUGUACAUGCGCAAAUCCUUUCGAACCUGGAUGCAACCAUUCACCGCGAUGCCAAUCAUUCACAGCAAGACUCUACGACAGCGAACUCAUCGACCACGUUUGACGAGCUGCUGGGCGACCCAGAUGCGGUCGCCUCAGCACUUCCUGUACCACCAACUAAUGCUAUCAGGUUAAUGGCCGAGAAUCGGCUUAUAAUGUUAAUACGAGACUUUUUAUCUGAGCGGACGGCGGAUCAUCCGGUUGCGAGAGAAGUCUUUGCACAGUCGUUCAACGAUCUUUUGCAGGCAGCCGCUCGAGGCACGUCGAUGUUUGACCAUUCGGCUUGUUACACACUCCUGGACUUCCUGGAGGAGGCGCUUGUCAUUCUGGUGCGCUAUGAGCAGCUUAGGGAGACGGAAGGACCGCUUCUCAAUUCUGACUUCUGGCACCUCGUGUGCAGGAAGAUGAUCGACAGUGAGAAUACCAUGACGGAGAUUCGACUAUACGCCUUUUUGUACACCAUCUGGAAUAUGGUGGUCGCGAACAAGUACCGAAAGGCGAAUCUCUGCAUGGAGUUGUUGCUCGAUCCCGACGUUUUCGAAAGUCGGUUCAAUCACUGGUGUCCGAUGGUCAGAGCAUACUACAUGCGGUUGUUGUGCUGGCGAGUCGGGCGACACGAUGGAGAAGACGGGACCGAUAUCGAGCUUCUGGAUACUUUGGAAUGGCGGCUGCAGACGACAUGGUCACACUACGUUUUCUUGGAGGAGAAGGCGUCGCAUGAAGAGACCUUACGACCCGUCACCAACCCAUGCAACCCCGCGCCAGGUCGCAGGCUGGUCAUUGUGAGAACGGACAAUCAGAUAACACCAGGUGGAUCCUUCCUCACGUUCGACGGACUCUUACGCGACUCGCCAUCACAGAUGCAGAAACCCGCUUGGAGGCGCACAUCUUCAGCAUCGACACUUCUCGAUGGCAUUGAGACUCGACCGGACUCAUCAUCUUCGACGCUCGAUUCUGAAAGCGAUUCUCGCGAAAAAGGCAUUGGCGGUUUCUUGCGGAAGAUGAUUGGCGGCGGGUCCAAGGCUCGUUCCAAAUCGCAAGGUCCUUCCAAGCGAAAUGGGUCGCCGUCGAGCGCUCCACCGUUGCCUGAGGGGGCACAGGGCAUAUCGCGGGCAGCAACGGAUGGGCAGCAAUCGGGUCGCGAACCAGAACCGCCCAAACCGCAGCACCGAAGCCUCAGCUUCAAGUUCUCGCUCGAGUUCCACCCCAACUACAAACAGAUGCCUCCCAUGCGUCUGAAUCGGCCACGUCUACCGACACCCGCUCAGGCUUAUCUUCAGGCGCAGAGGCCGGGUCUGUGCGAGUCUGCAGUCGAAGCUCAGGAGCCGCGCGGCAAGAGUGUCGCACGGGCAAGAUACAGCGGGCGAGCGCUCGCCGAGUGGACGAUGGUGGUUGGGGAAUGCCACAGUUUCUUUGAGAGGAGGAAGAAUGAGGGUGCGCCUGGGAAUAGGCAUGUCGAGACGCCAACGCUGGGGGUAGAGGUCUUCAAGCCCCGGUCGUGA